AUGGCAACACUUGAAGAACAAUUAAAAUUGGCAAGAGAAAUUUUUGAACGAGCAAAUAGUAAGUUGAAUAGGUUGUACGAUUUGAAGAAGGAGCUGAGAGAGUUGAGUAGAAAAAUAAGAAAUGAAAAAAAUGAAGUAAAGAAAAAAAAUUUGAAGUUGGAUGAAAAAGAUUUAGAGGCGGAAAGAGACGACUUGGAGAAAGAAAAGGCAAAUUUGGAGGCGGCAAUGGAGAAAUGGGGCGAUCAUGUUAUAUUUUUGGAAAAAGAUUUAGCUGAAGAAAGAGAAGGUCGAGAUGAUGCAUUAUGUCAAACAUAUGAUUACAUUUAUGACCGGUAUUGUAAUCUUAGUAGCGCAAAAAGUCUUGCUGAUAAACAAUCACAUCCUCUUUUCGCAUUUCAAUCAGCUCCAGGAGGGGGAAAAUCAUUCUUUUUUGACGAGUUAGCUAGUUUGAAAGGUGAAGAUAUUAAUAUGAUUAGUCAUUAUUUAGAAAAUAAAUAUCCUCAUCAGGAUAUAAUAGUCAAAGAAGUUAUAAAUAUGAUUCGUAAUUCAAUCAGCAUUUGUAUUACAUAUAACGGAAGUUCAUCUGAUGGUAAUAUGGAUGGCAUUCAAAAAGGAUUAAUCAUGCGAAUUUUAUGGAGCUACUUUUUCGAUGAGAAUAAGUUAACCUAUGGUGCUUUUUGCAAGAAAUUUAGAGAAUAUUUUGAUUCAUUGGACACUUAUACGGCAAUUGAUAGUAUCAUUUAUCAUUCGGGUAAAUCAGUACUUUUAUGUAUUGAUGAGACUAUGAGAGUUUUACAAAAUGGCCAUGAGGAUCUCAUAAAUCUUAAAAAAUUACUAGACGAACUCUACAUUCCUUACCGGGACUUUUCAAAAUCAGUCAACAAAUUCUAUUUUGUCGUGUCUACUCUUGAUACACUAAAUGUAUGGAAUACCCAAACAGACUCACAAAGACCGGUUCAUUGGAUAUCACUAAGAAGGCUUGUUCUCUCAGAAUCAGCAAAUUUAUUUUGUACACUAACAAAAGGUUUAGAUGAAAAAAGACUUUUUGUUAUUAACAAAUGUAUCGCUGAUUGUAACGGACAUCCAAGAACCCUAGAGUACUUUUAUAAAGUUUUGAAAGCCGAUGAUACAGCUUUGAAUAUUGAUGUUUACAGUUCUCUUAUUGAACGUUUGGCAGGUUAUCUUGACCAAUUAUUAGGUAGAAUUUCCCUUCCUAUAGUUAAGAUAGCACUAUUAGGAAAUGAAGUAUCCUUAACAAAUGAAAUAGAGACUAUUACAGGCAAAUCAACUUUAAGAGGUCUUAUUUCUUCCGGAAUAUAUAUAAAUUCACUUACCAAAAAUGUAGAAAUUUUCAAGGUUAUCCCAACUUUGUCUCCAAUUGCUCUUCAAUAUUUUUGCAUAUCCAACAAAGACAACACAAGUGAAGAUGCAGGGAUUGUUGCUAACAUAUUACGACGCUUAUUGACUACAGAAUCUUCUUUUGAUAAUGAAGUAUUGGAUGGCAAACCAUUUGAAAUGUUUCAUACUAAUUGGGAGUUGCUUUAUCGUGCACUUCAAAAAAUGGAAAGGUUAUAA